GGCUCGCCGCUCACCGGGCUCAAACCGGGCUCGCAGCCGGAGCGGUUUUAUGGCCACGAGUCAAAGGUGCUCGCGGGGGACGCGCGCUUGCUGUUUACAUUCGCGUUCGUUUUUCAUACGGUUAUACGGUUACAAACCUACGUUUGAGUUCCAGUUCAUAGAGAUAAAAAAUACUAGGCAUAGAGAAAUUAAUAAGUCCUCACUCCAUACACCAGUUUUCUUACCAAAACCAUUACCAAACCAUUACUAUUUUCGUAGUCGACAUCUGGCAUCGUGUAGCGAAUUUGUGAGUAUUUCUACUUGGCAAGAGAGGGCCUACCGCAAACCACGUUUGACGUGUUUCCUCUCUGUCGCACUUGUAAAUUCGUACGUAAAUGUGACAGGGAGGCAACACGUCGAACGUGGUUCGCGGUAGGCCCUCAGAUGUCGCGACUUACGUAAUUUAUAAUGCUUAAAAAUUUUCAGCUACUUGUAAAUGCCAUGUUGUAAUAUUACCUAGUUGGUUACUAAGUUCUGUUACUCGAUUUGCAACCUCUUUAUUUCCGUUAAAACAAAUGCUAGCGAAAAAAUAAAAAAUGACAUAAUGUGGUGAAUUUGUGAGCUAUAAUUAUAUACCACACAUAACGCUUAUCUCGUCGUAUCUAUAUUGAAUUGGGGCCUAAAAGAGAAUUGUAUCGCAGUAAUUGCGUUGCACGAAUGUGGGCAUCCGCCAAACAUGAUUUUGAAGUUGCUUGAAAACCUAAAAAUCAACAAACAAUUUGUUUAUCGCACAAUUAAUAAAUACAAUAGUACUCAGAGCUUCGAUGACCGCAAGAGGUCUGGAAGACCACGCACCGUUCGGACCCCAGCUCUAAUAAAGGCAGUAAAGGCGAGAAUUGCAAGAAACCCCGUCCGGAAGCAAAAGUUGUUGGCAAUACAGAUGUCUGUGAGGAGAAGCUCCCUAAAAAAUUAUCAAUGAAGACCUUGGACUACACGCUUACCGCAGACAAAAAGGUUAUUUGCUUAAUGGACGAUUAAAGACUAUGAGGCUAGAGAGAAGUCGCGUGUUAUUGAAGCGGUACGCACAAAAUGGCCACCGAAAAAUACUAUUUACAGAUGAAUUUUUUUUACCAUUGAAGAAUGUUGUAACCGCCAGAAUGACAGAGUGUAUGCAAAAAACAGUCAAGAGGCGAUUGCGGCUGUUCCGAGAGUGCAACGAGGCCAUCAUCCCUCUAAAUGUGAUGAUUUGGCUGGGUGUGUGAGUAAGUAGUAAGUAAGUAAAUAUGAUAACGACGCCUGAUUUAUUGAAAUCCAGUAAAUAUUACCUUUACCAGUAAAAAUUACAGUUUUCGCACUUCUGGAAACUAUCGGAGGACAUUAGUAAGCAGUCUCCGUAGCCUAUGUACGCCUGCAACUCCAGAGGAGUUACAUGCGCGUUGCCGACCCUAAACCCGCCCCCCCUCGUUGAGCUCUGGCAACCUUACUCACCGGCAGGAACACAACACUAUGAGUAGGGUCUAGUGUUAUUUGGCUGCGGUUUUCUGUAAGGUGGAGGUACUUCCCCAGUUGGGCUCUGCUCUAGAUCUGGAAUGACAUCCAACUGCCAUCGUCUCUUUUAAUGGGUCCCAGAAACUUUCUCAGCACCUUACGUUCUGUGACUAAAAGCUGAUCUCCUCUUUGAGUGUUAGUGUCCAAGCCUCACAUCCAUACAUCUGUAUGGGGCGAAUCACGGUUUUAUAGAUCCGUAGCUUAGUAUGUCUAUUAAGUAGCUUGGCCACCAACACCUUAUGGAGCGCAGCACUACAGCGUAAGGUGUUUUGAAUACGGAUAUUACUUUCUUCGUCUCUUGUAUGGGUAUCAGUGACAGUGUACCCGGGAUAUUUAAACUUAGACACUCCCUUGUAGGUGCUUUCUCCCACAAGUAGAUUCUCUCUCCGGGCCCGACUGUUCCUGUACCGCUUCAUGUGGAGAUAUUCUGUUUUACCGUGGUUGAUUCUGAGACCCACUUUUGCUGCUUCCUGCUCUAAGACCUUUGCCUUUGCCGAUACUUCCACCUCUUCUCGGCUUUCCCCUAGCAAGGAUAGGUCAUCCGCUUACCCUAUCAGUCUAUGCCUUCCAUUAUUUCGGCUCCGAAUUCAAGUCCGAAUUCAACUAACUUUGGACAACAUGUUCCAGUACCAAAUUGAAGCCUUGAUUCCGUCCGGUACUCACCGCGAAAUCAGCCGUUAGGUCGUCGCCUACUCUUACGCGCAUUAGGCUUUUACUAGUGGUUACUUGGAUCAUAUCGACAAAGCGAAAAGACAAAUAGUAAAUGGAUGCUCUGAGCAUACUUCCAGCUUUUCUUCAUGAUCUGUUUGAGGAGGAAAAUCUGGUCAAUUGUACUACGAUUCUAGCGGAACCCACACUGAAACUCACUUAAGAUUUUAUCAUAUUUAUGAUCUAACAAUUGUAGUGUGGUACUUGCCUUACGUUUGGUAACGAACUGUAACAGGAAAAUAUCCUUCUGUAGUAACAAAGGUAUGUUACGAUAUAUUUGGCCACUUUGACAGUUAGCUACGAAGGCUGCGUCAUCGACGAAGAGGAGACUAUAAUAUUUUUUUGAAUUUUGGGAUUUGUCUUAUUGCGAUUAGCUUUUUUUUUAUGUUUGUCUGCGCCAUCUAGCGGCUGACGGUAAAACUAUGGUAUCUCACUUUUAUUAGAUUCCUAAAUAAAGAGAUACGCGCGCUUGUUGUAUGAGUCGUUUUUACUCGCAGUGCACGCACACAUUUUUAUUCACAUUUUGGUAGAUUCUGGGGCACAAUAAGCAGCAGAAGGCUUACCGCGAACCACGUUCGACGUCACACUUACGUACGAAUUUACAAGUGCGACAGAGAGGUAACACGUCGAACGUGGUUCGCGGUAAGCUCUCUGGUUUAUUAGAAACAUUUGAAUCUUACAGUAAGUAGGUAGAAUACAUUGACAUUUUGCAAAAUUUUCAUACUUGUAGCUAAUUUCAAUUAUAAAUAUUGAUAAUAGCGAAUUUUUUUGCAGUAGUUUGAUUAUUUAAAACUCCCGCAAAGCACCUAACAGUCAUUUAGUAUGUAAGGGUCUUUCAAGUGUGAAAUGUCCACAGCAGUUUGACCUGCACUGGUUUCUGUAGGGUACACGCAUGCGCUGUAAGGUUGGGGAAGGUAGCUAGAGACGUAAAUAAAAAGAAAGGUCGCCCCUGAAAUUCUGGCAAAUGCCGAGUCAGCUGCGAAGUUGCCUUCAAACGCUAUUGGCCGAAAGUUUGUCAUCACAGAUAAGGCAGCAUUUAGUGCCCCAUGAAGUCAGGCGCUGGUAUAUGUAGAGAGAAAAGGCAAUAUCACCUGUUUCACAAGCUGAAAAGAUCUUGUAAUUUUAGAAAGAUUCUUGAUUAAACUAUUGCCGUCCUUGUCUAACAAUAUAUUGAUUUUAGAAAAUUAAUUAUGCAGAAAAUUUUAUUGACGCUUGGUGAUGGUAUAUCCAUUUUUGUUUUAACUCCACCUACAGUGUCUUAAAUUUUAUUUUAAGCUUUAGUUCCAGAAGGUCGGUAGUGCCGAGCGGCACGUGGUCUCGUCUCUCUAAAAGCUUGCAAGAUCUUUACACAGGGGUUCAAUGCCGGGGGGUGCGGGCCUGCGCGCGGCGGCAGCGGCUGUGCAGGGGUCGCUGUCAGUCGAGCUGAGAACACGCGCCAGCCUGUCGCAUGGUCCUCCUCUACGUCUGAACGAUACAUUGAAACUUUUAGUCUGUUCUCUAAUCAUAUCCUUCUCACAAAAAAACUGAUUUUAAAAUACCGAUACAACUUACUGAAUUGCUUUCAGACUCUUUUAACCCAGUUUGUAGAACUUUUCCUCACAGUGAUUGAACUUUCGCCAAAGAACUUUUAGUGGCGGGAAAACAAUUUCAUAUCUCGCUUGACGUGUCGUGUCAUAUGUGUACGUAGAGUGGAGGGGGCGUUUGUCUCGGCUGGAGACAUGGUAUAUUCGUCGUGAAUCGAUAUUUUUGGGACAUUCUUUGGCAGAUACCAUGAAUUUCGAGGCAAAAUAAAGGAGAGAAGAUGAAAAAUGCACGAAGAGGUGAUCAAUGACAGUAUGUCCCCGCCGCGAGCGAUGACCCAGCGCGGCGCGCGCGUCGGGCUGAGCGCGGCGGCGGCGGCGGCUGGGCCCGGUCACGGCGCGACGCACCAUCCACCUAAAAAACCACAUUUUAUACAAAAUUACACGCUUAUUAGGUUAUACCUACUCUCUUUACGGGUGAUAUCAUACUUAUAUCAAAAUGCCUCCCUCUCGCGAGCGCGGACGAACAUUAAUUUUUUAAAGCGUCCGCUAGUCAAAUUAAAAGAUUUUGUACAUUCCUUAAGAACUAGGACAAUUAUUUCCGAUAUUAAGUCGUUAUUAGUCGAGGUAAUAGUGCAAUUAUUCGUUGUUGCCAAGUGUGUGUGCGUGGCGCGGAGUCGAUGGAGGUACGGUGGGCGGAGUAAAGGCGGGCGAGCGCGAGCGCUGGUGCUGUGGCUGAGCGUGUUAAGUGCGUGCGAGGGAAGGAGAGACAACGACCUGCACAUCGGGGGCAUCUUCCCGAUGGAGGGCGAGGGCGGCUGGCAGGGCGGGCAGGCUUGCAUGCCGGCCGCCGAGCUGGCGCUGGCCGACGUCAACGCGCGCUCCGACCUGCUCUCCGGCUUCAAGCUGCUUCUGCACAGCAACGAUAGCAAGUGCGAGCCGGGGCUGGGUGCAAGUGUUAUGUACAAUUUGCUCUACAACCCGCCACAAAAGUUGCUGCUGCUGGCAGGAUGUUCGACCGUGUGCACCACCGUUGCUGAAGCCGCUAAGAUGUGGAAUCUCAUGGUUCUGUGUUACGGCGCAUCAUCGCCUGCGCUCUCCGACCGGGCGCGCUUUCCCACUCUGUUCCGCACGCACCCCUCGGCCACCGUCCACAAUCCUACGAGGAUCAAGCUCAUGCAGAAGUUCGGCUGGUCUCGCAUCGCUAUUCUGCAGCAAGCCGAGGAGGUGUUUAUUUCGACGGUGGAGGAUCUCGAGGCGCACUGCAAGAAGGCAAGCAUCGAGAUCGUGACGCGCCAGUCGUUCCUGUCGGACCCGGCUGACGCCGUGCGCAACCUGCGGCGGCAGGACGCGCGCGUCAUCGUCGGCCUGUUCUACGUGGUAGCGGCGCGCCGCGUGCUCUGCGAGGUCUACAAACUCAAACUUUACGGGAAAUCUUACGUGUGGUUUUUUAUCGGCUGGUACGAAGACAACUGGUUUGAAACUAACUUGGAGAAAGAAGGUAUCGACUGCACUGUGGAACAAAUGCGAGAAGCCGCCGAGGGGCACCUCACCACUGAGGCCCUCAUGUGGAACCAGAACGCCAAUCAGACCACUAUCUCUGGGAUGACUUCCGAGGAUUUUCGAUCUCGACUGAAUGAGGCUCUGCGUGAGGCCGGAUAUGACAUCGACGGAGAGAGGUACCCGGAGGGCUACCAAGAGGCGCCACUGGCUUAUGACGCGGUUUGGGCGGUCGCAUUAGCUUUCAACAAGACGAUGGAAAAACUGGAAAAGAGCGGGCUGAGUUUAAAAAAUUUUACGUACACCAAUAAAAAGAUUGCUGACGAUAUAUACGAGGCCAUAAACUCAACGUCAUUCCUUGGUGUAUCGGGUCUGGUGGCAUUUUCAUCCCAAGGUGACCGCAUAGCUUUAACGCAAAUCGAGCAGCUGUCAGAGCAACAUUACGUGAAGCUCGGCUACUACGACACGCAAGCCGACAACCUGACGUGGUUGGACCGCGAGCGGUGGGUCGGUGGCAAGGUCCCCCCGGACAGGACGGUGAUAGUGAACGAGCUGCGGACGGUCUCGCUGCCGCUGUUCGCUUGCAUGGCGUCGCUGUGCGUGGCCGGAAUCAUCGCGGCUAUCGCGCUCAUCAUAUUCAACUGCGUGCACCGCCAUCGAAGGGUAAUCCAGUGGUCCCACCCAGCGUGCAACACGGUGAUGUUGUGCGGCUGCUGCAUCUGCCUGGGCGCGGCCGUGGCGCUCGGCGUCGACGGCCGCUGGGUGCAGCCGCAGCACUUCCCCGGCCUGUGCGCGGCGCGCGCGUGGCUCCUCGCCACCGGCUUCUCGAUGGCGUACGGCGCUAUGUUCACGAAAGUCUGGCGAGUGCACAGACACACUACUAAACCUAAGGCUGAUACCAAGAAACGUAUGCACGGCUGGAAACUAUACACCAUGGUGGGCGGUCUGUUAGUGGUGGAUGCGACGCUGCUCACCACGUGGCAGCUGCGGGACCCGCUGCAGCGCGAGGUAGAGACCUUCUCGCUGGAGUCCCCGCGGCACCACGACGACGACGUCCACAUCAGGCCCGAGCUCGAGCACUGCGAGAGUAAAAACAAUACCGUCUGGCUAGGACUGAUGUACGGCUACAAAGGCCUGGUGCUGGUAUUUGGGCUAUUCCUGGCCUACGAGACGCGAUCCGUGAAGGUGCGGCAGAUCAACGACUCUCGCUACGUGGGGAUGAGCAUCUACAACGUGGUGGUGCUGUGCCUCAUCACCGCGCCCGUCACGCUGGUCAUCGCCUCGCAGCAGGACGCCUCCUUCGCCUUCGUCUCGUUGGCGAUCGUUUUCUGCUGUUUCCUGAGUAUGGCACUGAUAUUUGUUCCUAAGGUGAUCGAGGUGAUCCGGCACCCCACGGAGCGCGCGGAGAGCGGCCGCGGCUCCGGCUCCGGCUCGGCGCCCGCCGACGAGGAGCGCUACCGCGAGCUCGUCAAAGAGAACGAGGAGCUACAGAAGCUCAUUACGCAGAAAGAGGACCGCAUCCGAGUGCUGAAACAGAAGUUGUCGGAGCGGGAGGCGGCGGCGGCGGACGGCGUGACGCAAGGUACGGCCGUCGUGUUCGCGGACCUGGCCACCGCCACCUCCGACUACGGCACCUCCACCAAUUACACGCGCUCCUCGCGAGCUUCAGUAUCCGACCCCGAAUUUUCCGAAAGCUACCUCUAAAUCUACUCUUCUAGAGGCAGCAAAAUGAUUAUGAUGACCGUCGCAACUUGAGCUUCUCGUUUAGACGUAAAUUACCUACAAACAUUAAAUUUUACGUCUGAAGCACCGUUGUCUCAAAUUCCAAUAAAACAAUUUGCAUGGCGAUUGGCGAUGCAAAUAAAUAGACGCGUGCAAGUUUCUCUACUAUGCAUUUUGUCAGCUCUCCAUAAGGCAACACUAAUUUGUAUUCAACUAUUUUGCUGCGUCUGGUGGAUGUUUCGUUCAAUUAGUUUCAUAAAAUAAUCCUGUUUUAGAACCAUUAAUUAAUAUGAAAAUUAGGUCCUGUUCUUAAAAUACCUGACACGAGGUGUUUUUUUAUCAAUCCGAACACUUUUUUUUAAAUAAUUAUUAAGUAUGUCUGAUACCCUCAUUGUUUUUAUAGGCAAUUUCGGUAAAUAAACAAUUUUAAUAGGUGCCUUACGUACACAUUCCCGACGGACGUCAUUUUUAUUGUUUAAAGACAAAUGGACGUCAACCACACCUACAGACUCCGUACUCAACAGCUUGUAUAAUGAAUAACUAUAAUUCUUUAACGAAUAGACGUGCGCUGGCUGUUCGACGACAGAACCGCUCGAACACCUAGCUAAGAGGUCAGUAGUUUGCGCUACGCCAGCGGAACCCUUUCUGUCUCACUAUCACUCUUACAAAUUAUUGAGAUAGAGAGACAGAUAGCGUUUCGUUGUCGUAGCGCAAACGAUUGACAUCUUUGCGAGGCACCCAGGACCUCCAAAUGUCAAAUUAGAAUUAAAAAAUUGACUAGCCGAGAAGUGAAUUCUUUUUUCAUUUGAAUUUGAUUUGAAAUCCGUAAGACAAUUAGUACAAACUGAAAUAAAAUAAAUAAAAUGUUCUUACAUCGUAACAAUUUGAUAUACGCAACUUUUAUAUUAAAGUAUGACGCUACUAAGCCGCCAUAGAGUCGUAUAUAUGAAUAUGCGUCUCAUUUUUUUCUAUUGGUAUAAAGACAAGAGCUCCAUAAUACUCUUACCAAAUUCCACUCACUCGGCCGUGUGUUGCGGGUUACUUAAACACGUUCACUGUGAAUAAUUUGCUGCACAAAGGAAUAUAGCUAAUUAAAAAAGCUAAUCUAAAUUAAAUACUCGUGGCUUAAAUAUUUUUUUAUUUAACUAAGUCUUGCAUUUUUCGACGAUAUCUAAUGCAUUAUUAAGCCAUGGAGUAUUUUAGAGGACCCUCUGUACCUAAUCGCUCAUAUUUUGUGAAAACGUUGAAGUCAUCCCCUCUGUACCUACCACCUACCUCACGUCUUGUGUAAAUACCUACUGCACGUUCUUACCGUGUUGUCUAAUUAAUGUGUUUACAUAUAUCCUUAUUAGACUGAAUUAGCGUUACAAUCUACAUUUAGAUUAAUGACCACUAUUCUAUGAUAAUAUGGCAUUAGACAGUAGGUAUUACUUAUUGACAUCCUGCAAGGACUCGUCGUACUUACCUAGUUUCUGUUUAAGUUAUUUUCUACUCAUUUUUUAUCGGACUUUCACAGUCCAAAUUGUCAUUACUUACAACGAUGUUUUCAUCCAUUUUAGUACUAUACUCGUACGUAGGUUACUAUAAAAAUAUAUUUACCAAUUGUCUUCGGAGGACCUACACAUUUACAUAUUUUAUUGGCACAAAUGUUACGAUUAAAAAAAUAGUUUAAGCGUUAAAUUACUGUCGCUAAUAAUUGAUUUAAGUAGGUAGUAUAAGAUCUUUUUUUUAAUUUAUGAAGUAAUUCUAAAGAAAUUUAAAAAAUGUAAAUUGUAUGAAAAUGAAUGGUCUUGUUUGCGACAGUGAUUUUUCUGAAAUUCAUGCAGUCAAAUCUCGUUAUGCCGCACCCCCUUCCCCGCCUGGAACUUCUUACGAAACGCGUCUCGAGUGUGUAGUAAAACUCUGCCUCAUGUUACAGUUGUUAUUUAUUGUAAAUGAGAAGUUCCAAACUGUGUGUGUCGGGAGAUUCUUCACCUACCGUAGGUACAUCAUGAAUUAACAAUCUGGUAUAUUGUGUUGUGUCACAUGUCGAGCCGUAUACAGCAGCAUGCAACGUAAGUAGUUUGAAGAUGUCACCCGUUCCUUGUAGCUCGAGAUUAGGUACUUGUGUUGUGUUACCUACCUCAUGACAUGCAUGGUACCCCGCACUCACGCUGCACUAAUGCCCCGUAUAUAGACCUAUUAACACCGAUCCACAAGAUUACUAGCCACGAAUGCGAGCUUGCUCACAUUCUUAAAAUGUGCAAAAUAUUCGCACCCUAUACAAACUGAGAUGUUCUAAUCUAUACAAAACAAUAUCUUUCGGACGGAGCUCACUAGCUACCCAAUACGGCACUUAUAAUUGUCGCUUGAUUGUGUAAAAAAUAUAUAUAUUUAAUUGAUGUAAAACAUUCAUUAAAAUGCUAAGUAACGAGAUUUCCUUGCAUGAAUGUUGUUAUCGUUGUUUUAACAAAUUUAUGCUUAUUGCUAGAUGGAGCUAUUGAUAUCUUAAGGGUUGACACUUAUUUUGAUAUUAUAGUCAUAAUUUCAUUAGGAUAUGCAUAAUUGCAUAUAACAUUAUGCUCACUCAUUGCGUUGAUUAGGAGUAGGAUAGAUUAAAAUUUGAGAUGUUUUUUGUUUAUUUGGUUUGUCAAAACUAUAAAUUAGUUUUUAAAGUUAAUCUGUAUGUUGGCUAUUAGCAAAUAGUAAGGGGUAUAAUAGUGUUUUAAAAAAUGAUGUCAUUAUUUACAGAAGCUUUACAGUGCACCUUUAAUAAAACUAUAUUUUCCUUUUUUUAAGUACCACGUGACACCGCGUUUAUUAACGUAAAAAAGGUGGAAUACACUUAGUUCGAGGAAUUAUGUAGUUACGGUAUUUUUUGUAAGUAGGACCAAGUAGUAAAUUUAAUUUUAAAAGGAAGUAAUGCCCACCUCAAAAAUUAUUAUAUUAUUAUCAUGGGUUAAUUAGGUAAGUCUUUUAGACUUCUGAGCAGCCCAAGUAGACUAAUAUAUUCUAAAAGGCCAUUUGAACAUACACCUGGUCAAACCGAUAUUUGAAUGAUAUUGAAAUUAUGUGUAUUCUGCCUGUCCUAACCUAUGGUGCUGAAACGUGGUCACUCACCAAGGCGCAAAAGAAUAAAAAUAAAUUGAAAGUUUGCCAAAGAGCAAUGGAUCGCAUCAUGCUAGGCGUAAGACGGAGUGGCCGAAUCUGAAAUUCUACGCUGCGCUCAAAAACGAGCAUUACUGAGGGCCUACCCUGCCUUAUAUUAUAGCCCUGAUGUAGGAGCUAAGACCGCCAAGCUGAAAUGGGACUAGGCCGGCCAUCUCUGCCGCAUGUACCUACCCACAGAGGUGGGGGGUGAAAAUAGCCACGAUAUUGGUGCCGAAUGAUGGGCGAGGAGCUGGCAGGCCCAGGCGGAGAUGGUGGAAUGACCAGGACGUAUAUCUCAACAGCUUGUCGGAGAUUGCUCAAAACUGAAAUGGAUGAAGAUCGUGCGGGAAAAACCUUUGCCCAGGAGUUGGAAUCUUAUCAGUUAGCUGUCAUUCGCGCGUUCAUUUCACUCUGACUUGUACAUGUAUUAGUGCAAGCGAGACGCCCGCGCGAAUGAUAGCUAGGCAAAGUGACAUGAUUCCAAUACCUAUGAUUCAAAUAUUGGUUUGAUUUGUCAGGUGCACGCUAGAUUUAGUCUGUAAAUUCAUGAAAUACGUUGAAUUAUUUGCAUUAUUUUGAUUAACCAUUUUUUCACCCUUGUAAGCUUCAUUAUUCCUAUUUUAAAACGCCUUAUACCUACAUAUACAUAUAAUAAUUGUGUUGCAUUAUACAGUCAUGAAAAAUGAAAAUAUAUUUGCAUAUAAUUUCAAGCAAAAUUUACUUAUUUUCAUUGCCUUUGACUGUGGAAUACAUGUAUAUAAUAUGAACAGUGUUGAGUACGUGUUCGACAUUGCCUAGGCACCUCAGGGGCCGUAGCCAAGAUGCCAAUCAUUUAUCCAUUAACGCCAAUCAAAAAGUAAAACUGUAUCGGGGUGACAGAUCAAAGAAAAGUUACGUAAUUUUUUCCAUACAUUCUAUAAGUUUCAUACAAAUAGGUGUCACUUGGCUAUACCUCCAGGCCUAGUCAAUUCGAACUUGUUGUUGCAUCAACGGAUGAAAGGAUUAGAACAUAAUAUAUGUACAGCUUUCACAAUUUGAUUUUAUUUGCAUUUUUAAUUUACUAACCUAUGCAGGACCCUUUAAACGCCGUAUGUGAGACGAGGUGAAAAUAAAUUGUGAUAGUUUAAAGUUGCGAUAUACGGCGGUUAAAAGGUAAACAUGGUCAUCUGUUUAUUUUAUUUAUAAGUUAAUAUAAUCUGCCCAACAAAAUAUAGGU